GUCAUUAGAAAGCCCUUUAAUAAAAGGACAAAUUUUCACCAAACAGGCUGGUUGUGACUCAACGCCACUUUACGCUAAACGCUCCAACGACUAUUCACAUUUAACUAACAAUCGGAGGUCGAAAAAACCUGGUCCACGCAUGCGCUAUACAUAUACAAUACAUACAAACGAAUAACGCCUCUAUUUGUUUAUAAAUAGAGGUCAUUGUAUCGGAUACGAGUUGAAGUACCACCAUCGAUGUUUCAUGGUUGUCAGUUUCACGGUGCAGUUUGGAAGGGAUGUCGCGCGGAUGGGCGGCGCGGGUUGGACGCGUGAGGCGCGAGUGGCUGAGGACUCCGACUUCCAGACCCUGAAGAACCUGCUGUCCUCCGAGGACGGAUGGACCCUGGAGUACGAGAAGGAUGGAGUCAAGGUCUGGGCGGAGGACGCCGCUCACGGCGCGCUGCGAACCGUCAAGGUGGUCGCUGAAUUCGAAGAUGUGGAUCCUGAAGCGUUGUACGACGUGCUUCACGACCCGGAGUACCGAUCAGUCUGGGAUACACACAUGCUGGCGGCCGAAGACGCAGGUCACAUCAAUGUCAACAACGAUGUCGGAUACUAUGCCAUGUCGUGUCCCGCACCGCUCAAGAACCGGGACUUCGUCCUGCAGAGGUCCUGGCUGGACACGGGAGAUGAGAAGAUGAUCCUAAACCACUCCGUCUAUCACAAGGAUUACCCGCCAAGGAAAGGUUUCGUCAGAGCCCUUUCGUUGUUGACGGGGUUCGUAGUGCGACGGCGGAAUGGUCCUGGCAGCUGGCUGGGAUACGUCUCUAGAUCGGACCCACGAGGAGCCCUCCCUGCGUGGCUUGUUAACAGAGUAACGGCUCAGCUGGCACCUCGUCUCGUGCAUCAGCUCCACGCAGCCUCCCGCCGGUACCCUGGGUGGAAGGCGCUGACCGACACCCCCUAUUACCAACCCUGGAGGAAUCCAGAACAAGUGCCACCUUACCGCAUCAACUUAGAGGAUUGCAUUGACCCCGAAGCUCCCCCACCUCCGGUGGAACAAAAGCCCAAUACUUCGAAAACAAAACUUGAAGUACCUCAAGUUAAAGAAGUAGAAAGUCAUAGUAUCGAAGAUUUGGGAGACAUAUCAUCAGAAUUCAGCGUGGAAGUAGAAGAACUAGCAGAUCUCACUCUCGAUCCGACUAAGAAGAAAGGGAAGUUCUAUAAAUUGGUGAAAUCCAUGAAGAAUAGAAGGAAGAGUGUUCAAGUUGCAAAGAGUGCGGACAAUUUAGUAGAUGCCAAACCUACUGAAGUCGAAAAAACAGAAAAGAGGAAGUCGUCUUUCAAAUUUCACCGAAGGUUUAGUCUUAGUAGGGGACGGGAGGACUGAAGAAUAAUUCAGUUUAAACUAUAUCUUCUAAAUCAAUAACAAUUGUUGUAGUGGAAUGUUUCCAUCGAAUAAUUUAGAAGCCUCGUUGUUACUUUGAAAUUCUCUUGGAUUUAUAACGUAUUCUCCUUAAAUCUUCGUUGUUAACUCGCUAAAUGUAGUCUGACUAUGGCAAUAUCAUGACGUCGGAAAUUCAAAGUCUGCGUGAAGAAACGUUAAAACAAAAAUCAUUUACUAAUUAUAUACAGACUCUUUAGAUAAGUAAGAAAAUGAGAUAUAAUGAGAUAAGUGAAAUUGUUGGUUACGUAGGAAUGAUGUAGGUUAAGAUGUUGAAGUAGAAUGAUUAUUAAAUAUUAUAAAUGAUCUUCUUCUGUCUGUCUGUUCGAAGGUUAUUUCAUAUAAAGAGAGUGUGUGCUAUAGUGCAAUCAAAACAGUAACAUUAAUUGAAAAGAAUGAAUAAUAUAUCGUUGCACAAAUAUCGAUGUCGCAUAUCAGCUGUUCACCGACUGUAAAUAUCCUUAGUAAGUGAAGCACCCAGUAACUAAACUGAAGAACGUAAUAUGAAAUACUUACAAUACUUAUGAGUGAGAUUUUAAAUAGUUCAGAAUUAAUGUAAUUUAAUAACUAGUCUUUGGCGAUGUGUUAUCUCGUAUGUGCACGCGCAUGCGUUUUAUUCGAAAGUCAAAAUGUUAAUCUAAGCUACCGUACAGGUUAACCGUGUAGUCUUCUCAAAGAAUUUUUUUCUAGUAAAUAAAUUUUGCUUUCCUCUCUGACACAGCAAGCAGUUUAAUUACUUAAAACAAGCAAGAAAAGCAAUACCAAAGAGGUUAGAUAUACUUGAAAGUUAGUUUUAGCGCAUCAUUGCAUACCUUUUUUUUUAAGUACCUUCGAGAUAGAACAUCUUAAAAACAGUUAUAAGAAAAAAUAAAAUAACUUUUCCUUCGUAAUUAAAGAUAUAAAAUUGUAUUAAAGGUUUUGUUAUACGAUACUUAACCACAGAUGAAAAAAAAAAAAAAUUGUUAUAAAAAAAUAUCCGAACAAGAAAUAUUUGAAUUGUCGACAAGCCUGGCUGUCAUAUCAUACUUUUUUCAAUUUAAAUGUAAGAUAAAAAUCGUUUCUCAAUCUCAUAAGCUAUUAACAUAAAAAAGUAAAUCAAUUAGAAUGUUCGAAAUUUCCAACAAAUAGCUAUAAUAAUGAGAAUGGUUUUUUCUUCGUGAAUGAAGGCACAUGAUACAAUGAGACAAUUUUUUGCCGAUCAACUUCCGUGAAUUUUCAAGGUAACUCGAUAGCUAUCAAACAAACAAGGAUUUAGAAUCACUCUUUAUCGUCGAUGGCUAAGGAAGACGCGCGUUUUCUUAAUCAUUAAUGUCUAAAUAUUAAACAUUUGUUUAAAAUCAUAUAAAUACUUAUUGGACACUUUAUGUAUUUUGACUGUGCCUUUGCUAUUCUAUUCUAUUCUAUUCUAUUUAUGCUUAAACGUAUACCUUAUUUGAAUUAAGUAAUGUCUGUUAGAGUCUUUUGUAAGUUUAUAUGUGUAAGAUCGGAAUUGUUUAAUGAAUUUAUAUUUGAAUGUUAUAACAUAAAUUUUUACACGCUGUCACAGAAUAAAAAAACAACAUUGCUCUUAUUCAAAAACCGCAUCGUCUUUAAGCUUUUUGAUGCCGGCGCCAUUGGAAUAAUUAAUAAAAGAAGGAAUUGAAAUUAAUGCUUUUACGUAUAAGACAAACGAUCCAGAGUUUAUUGCGCAUUAUACAAAGUAAAUAAGCUUUGAAACACCGGCUUCGAAGACGUCAACUCUUAUAUAUUUAUGGAAUAAAUUAUAUCAUGAUAAUUGAAAUUUAAUGAGUUCGUAACGUUAGUGUGCUCUACGUCGACAACACUGUCAGUUUGAAGGUUAAUUAAAAAUAUUAACUGUUAUUAUUUACAGAUUCUUCUUCAGUCUUCGUAGUUAACAAAAAACGCACAAUUAUGUUUUCUUUUGGUUUAAAUAGUAUAAAUAAAAUUGAAGCAAGCGUUGUGUAUAAGGAUGUUAACUGUCGUGUUACUAUGCUCGAUUUGUUGAUAAUAUUAGCAGGUGAUUAUAUUAUUACAAGUA